CCCAGGCAGGCAAGCCGAGGCAACCCCAAGUCCCCAACCCGGCCACGGCCAGCCAGCCAGCCCGCCGGCCUCCCCUCUUAAAUCCACAGGCCUCUCCCUCGCUCCCCUUCCCUCCUCUCACGUCACGAGAGCCUGCACUGCAUCUGCAUGGCGCCGCAAUGAUAACAUUCCUCUGAACUCGCCCAUCCCAACAAGAGAAAGGCGUGUGUGCUUGCGUGCGUGAGAAAGAGAACUGGAGAAGCCAGAGUUGUGAGGCUCCAGCUUCUAUAUCUGCACCUGUACCCGCUGCUUCUCGCAGCUUUGCUCGCGCCGUGAUUGGCUCCCCACUCUGCCUCGGAAGCUUCUCUGGAUUCUGCUGCAGCUGCUGCUGCUGGUGGUGCGCUGCGGCCUGGCCAUCAAUCACUAGCGCGCUGAAUGCGAGCUGGUGAUCGCCUUGGGCGGCCAGCUUGCUCCGGCGCCUGAUCGGGGCCGAGAACCAAGGAAGAAGCCUGCUUGGAGCCUCGAAAGAAGAUGCCGGCGAGGAUGCGCAGCGCCGCCGCCCUCGCCGACGACGCGCGGGACCUCGACCGGCAAAUGGGGUGCAUGGCCGGCAUAUUCCAGAUCUUCGACCGCCAGCGGCUCAUCACCGGUGGCGGGCGGCGCGGCGGCCGGCAAGCGCAGAAGAGGCUGCCUCCUCCACCUUCAGCUCCAGACAAUACUGUUUCAAAGAGCAGCAGCAAUGUUCCAGUUCAAAGUUCAAGUACCUCAAAGAUUGUUCUGGAGAAAACAUUCAGCAAAUGUACGACUGAGAACAGCAGUCUUUCAAUCGAGUCAUCAAGAGCUUCUUCUUCCUCCUCUUCAUGCUCAUCCUUUUCAUCGCUUGAUGGCAACAAAUCGGUCCAGCAGGAGCUUCCUUACAUCAAUGAGGAGCUCUUUGCGCAGAGGUCACUGAAGAGUUCGCCAAGUUUGAAGGAAACUGACAUGAACACCAAGUCUGGGCAUCCUAAUGUCGGUUUCAGAGACAUAGUGAAGGACUCCAUCAACAGGGACUUUGGAGGCCUAACUGUAAAAACCUCGGUGCAGGAGGCACGAAGAAAUGGGCAGUACAAGGACUCACCGAGGCCACUGCUGCUGUCCAAAUCAAUGGAUGGAACCUGUAUCAUUGGGGUUGACAGGAGCACAAAUGUUCCUGCAACUGUCGCUGAAUCUAACAGGCGCUUGCAGGAGCAGUCACGCUUCUCAUGUGAUGACCGAAGACUCCUGCGGCCAGCCGAACCCCAGGAAAGCAAGAGGCCUUCCGCAAGGCUCAAAGAGCUUCCUAGAUUGUCCUUGGACAGUAGGAAGGAGUCUCUGAGUCCAAGCUCACGCCAGAAGAACUUGAGUUACAAGAGGACUGAUGAUAUUCUCUUGGAUACUUUGAGGCCUCAAGAUUCCCCAAGCCAUAGGAGAGCCAACAGUGUCAUUGCCAAGCUAAUGGGGUUGGAAGAAGCAACAAAUGCUACAGGGGUGCUGACUGCUGAUAACCAUGAGACUUCAAGAUCACCGAGACCUGCACAAGCCACUCAGCAUGAGCAUCCAUCACGUUCGCCCAGAAGCAAUUGCCAGGAUUCCUGCAUGUUGCAGCUGAAGAAUGACUCUUCAGCACUCAAAACCAAGCCUUCCCCAAGAAUUCUCACAGAAGCAGCUCCUUGGAGGCAGGAGAGAAGUGCCACCAACACCAAAGCACAACAAUGUCGAGAAGUUGAAGGGAGGUCAAGAACUGCAUCCGUCUAUGCUGAUAUAGAAAGAAGGCUCGGGGGCUUUGACUUCUUAGAGUGUAAUAACAAGGACUUCAGGGCUCUGAGAAUAUUGGGUGCAUUGAAUGCAAAAGAUGGUAAGAGCCAGAAUGACAGCAAUGCUGGAUCAUUGGCUGUUCAGAGGGCAGGGUAUGAUCUGACCACUGACUCUGGAAAAUUCCAGCCUCCAAUUGUGGUCAUGAAGCCUGCAAGAACUACAGAGAAGCCUGGUGUUUCACUUGCUUCGGUUGCUCCAAUUGCAGGCCUCAGAAGCCUGAGGAAGUUGCAGGCCAGAUAUUCAUCUUGCACUGGCAAGAAUGACAAGAUUCAUCUUCGGAUAUCCAGAGCUCAAUCGAAGUCAGAAGAACCUGACAGCAGUGCCAGCUCACCGAGGCCUACAGGUUCAUCAAGCCCCAGAAAUGUGCAAAAGAAAGCAGAGUCCGAAAGGAGGUCUCGCCCACCGGUCUCACCAAAAUCUCCUAGCAAGAAGUCCAAUGAAGCUGUAUCCCCAAAAGGAAGAAUAAGAUCAAAGCCUUCUCAGGUGAAAAGCCACCGGGACGAGGUCUUGCCAAGUACAGGGAGCAGAAUCAACUUAGCAAGGCAAAUUGAUGUCAGGAUCAUGGAUUCUCCAAAGUUUCCAGGUGUCAGCUCAUCAUUUGUUCAACCAUGCAGCGUUGCAACAAGUCCCAAGGGUCCUUCAGUUCUGGGUUCAGACCAAAAUAUCCAUUCACUGGACAACAUCCCGAGCCCCGUCUCUGUCCUCGACACAUCCUUCUAUCAUAAAAGGAUCUCAGAUUCAUUCAAAGAUGGGGAGACACAUUCUUCAGAUGAGUGCUGGAACCCAAACAGCCUGCCUGACACACCACAGUCUAAAGCAAGCAGUGAAGUCAACCAGAUUAAACCAGAAAACCUGGAAGUCCUCAUCCAGAAGCUUGAGCAACUGCAAUCAAUGAAUGAGGAAGCUGCAAAUAUCAAAGAAGUCAUGGCAUCAGUCACUGCAAAUAAAAACCAUCAGUAUAUCUACGAGAUACUAGUGGCAUCUGGUCUUUUGCAUAAAGAACUUAGUUUCACAACAUUACCUGGUCAACUCCGAUCAAGUUGUCUGAUCAAUCCAGAGAUCUUCCUCAUUCUUGAACAACCAAAACCAGGCAUUGUUUCAGAAUUUCAAACUGUCAAUGGAGCUAAGAAAUGCUCUAAGCCUUGCACAGGAAAGUUUCACCGAAGACUUGUGUUUGACAUGGUAAACGAAACCAUAGCUCAGAAGAUUAACAUCUGCAGAUUUGGAAGUCGGCCAGUAAAAUUUCUUCAGUCGAAGAAGUUAAGUGGGUGGCAACUAUUCAGGGACGUGUGCACUGAGAUUGAUGACAGGCUAACAAAAUGCUCCGAAGAGGAUGAGAAUGAAAACAUGCUAGUAGAUGAGGAUAUAGUAGGUGGAACAAAAGACUGGAUGAGCUUUGACGCAGAACUACAUGGCAUGGUUUUGGAAAUCGAAAGAUCCAUCUUCAAGGACCUUAUCGACGAGGUCAUAGACGGUGGGGCUACGGAGAAAAUGCAAUUAGGACAAUGGAAGCUUCGGAGGCAGCUUUCUUUCAGUAGUAUAAAUUGAAUUGUGCGUGGUAGUAGUUGUUUCCAUUAAGAAGCUUAGGCUCUAGUAAAUGUAACCUUUUAUAUUUUGCUGAAGACUAAACUGUAGAAGGAAUAUAAAUGAUCCUCAACACCAGAAGAAGCGAGGCAAUCUAUAUUAUAGUAUUCUUAGUAAACUCUUCUGUACGGUGUGAUGUUCUUCUGACUGAAUCGUGCUGUUAUUCCAGAUUACACAAGCUGUUAUUUCUAUCAUGAAGCAAUAGUUUAAUUCCA